ACAUAAAAACAUUUACUUAUAAGCCAAAGAAAAACAGAGCAACCACAUAGAAAAGAGAAAGUGAGAGAGAAUGGCUAACUUUGGAACGGAACGGGUUUACCAACAAUUUGAGCCUGCAACUAGAUGGACCUCUGAACCAGACGCUGAGGUCCUUGUCGCUGAUCUUCCAGGAUUCAAGAAAGAACAGCUAAAGGUGGCGGUCACCGCAACAAGGAAGCUAAGACUAACUGGAGAACGACCAACUGGUGGAAACAAAUGGAUUCGCUUCCACCAGGAAAUUCCCGUUCCUUUGACAGCUGACAUCGACUCGGUUUCAGCUAUGUUCAAGGAUAACAAACUCUACAUUCGACAUCCCAAAGUCAAGACAGAAAUCCCUCAAACUAAGCCACCAUCACCCGUAAAACCACCGGUGAUCACGAAACCACAUGACCAACAUGAGAAAAAACAUGGCCAGGGUUCAAAAGCAACGGUUGAGAAGCCGAGCGGUGGUAAAACCGAACAGCUGAAACAUGAUGCACAUCAAAAAGCAAGGGAAGUACAGACUGGCAAAAAGGAAUCGAUUGGCGAGCCUAAAGGACCUUUGAGUUCCAAGGAUGAGGACAAAGACAAAGUUGGAGCGAAAUGGUUCGAGAAGUACAAAGAGGCAACUGGAAAUGUGGUUAAGGAAGCUAAGAACAAAAGGCAGUUACUUUGCAAUUUGGCUGCUUCGAUUUCAUUGGUUUUGCUAAUCCUACUGUAUGCUAGAAAUGCAGUACGUUCAACCCUUGUGUGGAAACUUGAGGAAUGAGUGACCCUUACAUUUGCGUCUCAUGAUGUAUAACCUUUGCUCAUGCAGAAAAUAAAUAAUAUUUGCUAAUUCCCCUUCUACAUGUCUGUACAAAUGUGUAACGAUAAAAUGAGAAACGCUCCAUUUUACAGA